CCUCCCAGCAUCAUGCUGUACAACUGCUGCCUUCCCAACCUGAGUUGCCGCACCAGCUGCUCCUCCAGGCCCUGUGUGCCCCCCCGCUGCCACAGCUGCACCCUGCCUGGGGCCUGCAACAUUCCCGCCAACGUGAGCAACUGCAACUGGUUCUGUGAGGGCUCCUUCAAUGGCAGCGAGAAGGAGACCAUGCAGUUCCUGAAUGACCGCCUGGCCAGCUACCUGGAGAAGGUGCGCCAGCUGGAGCGGGAGAACGCAGAGCUGGAGAGCCGCAUCCGUGAGCGGUGCCAGCCUCAGGAUCCCAUUGUGUGUGCCAGCUACCAGUCCUACUUCCGGACCAUCGAGGAGCUCCAGCAGAAGAUCCUGUGUGGCAAGUCUGAGAAUGCCAGGUUGGUGGUACAGAUUGACAAUGCCAAACUCGCCUCAGAUGACUUCAGGACCAAGUAUGAGACGGAGCUGUCGCUGCGGCAGCUGGUGGAGUCGGACAUCAACGGCCUGCGCAGGAUCCUGGAUGAGCUGACCCUGUGCAAGUCUGACCUGGAGGCCCAGGUGGAGUCCCUGAAGGAGGAGCUGCUGUGCCUCAAGCAGAACCAUGAGCAGGAAGUCAACACCCUGCGCUGCCAGAUUGGAGACCGCCUCAAUGUGGAGGUGGACGCUGCUCCCACUGUGGACCUGAACCGUGUGCUGAAUGAGACCAGGUGUCAGUAUGAAGCCCUGGUGGACACCAACCGCAGGGAAGUUGAGGAGUGGUACACCACGCAGAGUGAGGAGCUGAACAAGCAGGUGGUGUCCAGCUCAGAGCAGCUGCAGACCUGCCAGGCAGAGAUCAUUGAGCUGAGACGCACGGUCAACGCCCUGGAGAUCGAGCUGCAGGCCCAGCACAACCUGAGAGACUCUCUGGAGAACACGCUGACGGAGAGUGAGGCCCGCUACAGCUCCCAGUUGUCCCAGAUUCAGUGCAUGAUCACCAAUGUGGAGUCCCAGCUGGCUGAGAUCCGUUGUGACCUGGAGCGUCAGAACCAGGAGUACCAGGUGCUGCUGGAUGUCAAGGCCCGGCUCGAGUGUGAGAUCAACACGUACCGAGGCCUGCUGGAGAGCGAAGACUGCAAUCUCCCCUGUAACCCCUGUGCCACAACCAAUGCAUGUGACAAGCCCAUUGGGCCCUGCGUCUCUGCUCCCUGUGUCCAACGUGCUCGAUGUGGGCCUUGUGGCAACUUUGGUUGCUAGAGGAUGCACUGCCAGGAGGAAGAGAAAGACUUCAGUUACAUCUCACCUCUACUUCAUCCAAACAUCACCAAGAGUGAGCACACUCUGGAAAAAUGCAGAAACCUUUCA